CAACGAGACGUGCACCUAUAAUGGACAGAAAAGCUUUUGUCUGGACAUUUUUCUUCUUAGCAAACGUCAUCCAUAUAGGACAUCUCAACCCAGCCGUAGGUUUUAGUGCUUUACUAACGCAUGACACGUACCUAGGCAACAAACAGGCAGUUAAAUAUAACAAAGUCAUCACUAAUUAUGGCAACGGAUAUGACAAAUGGUCUGGACACUUUAAAGCUCCGAUGAAAGGAUUGUAUGCCUUUUCCUGCUCUGUUAUGGCUAUUAACACCCAUGCUUUACAUAUCGAAUUGGUUAAAAAUGGUCAAGUGGUAUCUACAAUUUACUCCAAUCCUUCGUCCUAUGAUCAGGCUUCGGAGACUGUAGUCUUAGCUUUAAAGAAAGGAGAAAAAGUCUGGGCAAGACAGGCAUAUGGAGGGCGGCAUGUCCGUGGAAGUUUUAAUUUGUUUACAGGAUAUCUUAUUUCAACACAGAUUUAA